CUCAUAACACGGUGGGACACAUCGCUGUCUGGCGUGUUUCGGAUGUUAGCAUGGAGCUAGUUCUGCUGUCACAGAGCUGUCCUGUGAAGAUUUCCAGGCUCUUGGGUUAGAACCAGGCACAUCUACGGAGGAAAACUGCUGAGCUCGGAUCUGGUACCACCGGGGUUUGGUUUCGACUUCACGUCGUGUCUGAGGAAAGCUUUUUAGACAUGUGUGAGAGCAGGCAGAUGGACCUGUAUGCGGUUUUGGGUGCCAGCCCCUCAGACUCGGUCCAGCAGCUCAGACAUCGGUACCAGCAGCUGGCUCUGCAGUGGCACCCAGACCGCCUCAGAGGUCGGUUUCCUCCAGAAAUGGAGUUGGCUGAGAACAAGUUCCUGGAAGUUGAAGCAGCCUGGAGGAUCCUGAGUGACCAGGACACCAGGAGGCAGUAUGACUUGGAGAGGAGAGCCCAGGAGCUGACACAGGAUGGGCCAGAAGAUGCUGCUGUUAACCUGGAGGACAUGAUCUGGGAUCAGGAGGACUGUGUGUUCACACACUGCUGUCGCUGUGGAGGAAGAUUCAGCAUCUCAGAGGAGGAGCUGAGGGAGGAGUCAGGGAGGAUGCAGCGGGAUGAUGAAGAGGCUGGACAGCAGAGAGGCGUGUUGGUUUGCUGUGAUACGUGUUCCCUCAGUGUCUGUGUCACAUGGUACCUGAAGAGAAACACUCAGAGUGAAACCUCUCACCUCAGAUGAUGCUGUACCGACACACUGGUCCAGCAGCGGGAAUCAAACUCGUGAACAGCCUAACAGUGAUGAAGGGAAGCAUCACUUCAUGAUUUCAGGAGACGCUCGGCGAGUCAAAGCUGUAAAUCCUGAUAAAUGAUGUCAUGAUGAAGAUGUUUUACCUGCCUGAACAUUUAAUAUGAAACAUGACUUCUCAAGCAGCAGUGAAACAAGUUUAUAAAAACAUUUUAUUUACUUGAUCAUGUCAGAAUCAGGUUUUCAUGAAAAUGUGUGGAAAAAAUAAUUUUACGUCCAAACUGAGUCAUUAGUUUGAAAACUGAAAUGUU